AUGAACUGUAUAGAAGUUCGAGGUGCUAGAAAAGACUACGACAGCAAAAAUCAUGUCUUGAGUGGGUUAAAUCUGACAAUUCAAACAGGUUCAAUAUAUAGUCUCAUUGGUGCAUCAGGAUGUGGAAAGACAACACUAUUAACAUGCAUUCUUGGAAUGAAUCAACUUGAUGACGGAACAAUUAAGAUUCUCGGACAUGAAGUUUCGGUUGAUAAGCCAUCAAAAUUUCCGCAACUUAUCGGUUACAUGCCUCAACAAACAUCCCUAGUUCCAGAAUUAACCGUCAAUGAAACAUUAAGUUAUUUUGGAAACAUUUAUCAAAUGAAUCAAGUUUUAUUGAAGCAACAAGCGAAAUUCAUCUGUGAUUUAUUGGAACUGAAUGACGUUAAUAAGCAAGUUAACCAACUUUCUGGUGGCGAGAAGAGACGAGUUUCAUUUGCUGCUGCUUUAAUACAUAAUCCAAAAAUUGUCAUUCUUGACGAGCCAACAGUUGGACUAGAUUCAAUUCUUCGUGAGAAAAUAUGGACAUUCUUAAUUGACUCAACAAAAUCCUCAAAUAUGUCUGUGAUCAUUACAACUCAUUAUAUUGCAGAAGCAGAAAAGUCAAAUUGCUGUGGAUUAAUGAAAAAUGGGAAGUUAAUCAUAGAAGACAGUCCACAGAAUAUUUUUAAAAGUCUUGGCGUUUCUAACCUUGAAGAAGCUUUUUAUAGGUUAUGUUUAUUAAAAAAUGAAGAUGCUGAUCUCCAACCAAGCUGCAGUUCUAUAAAAAUGCAACAAAUAGACCAAAUACCAUUAGCAGAUGAUGAAAAAUUGAAGAAUUUUGUUAAUACUAGAAAAAGUUUUUAUGGUCCGACUCUAAAGGCGCUGUUUAGGAAGGAAAUGCAAAGAAUACGAAGACAACCAGGGGAAAUUACAUUUACAAUUUUACUUCCGGUUGUUCAAGUCAUCUGUUUUGUAUUUGGAAUGGGAGGCAAUCCAAUGGGAUUGCGGUUAGGCAUUGUCAAUUAUGAAGUCACAGAUCAAACAAUCUGCUCAGAAUACUUACAUUCAACAAAUUACGAACUUAACAGCACAUCAUGUUCCUUUCAACGUCUUUCAUGCUAUUUCUUAAAUGAGAUACAAGAUGAAAGUGCAAUUAAGGUUUACUAUGACUCACUCGAAGAAGCUUACAGAGGAGCAAAAGCUGGAAAGACAUUCGGAUUUUUAACAAUCUCUUCAAACUUUACAGGCGUGAUUAAUGAGAGGAAGAAUGAUUGGCAAUAUAUCACUGAAUAUGAAAACUUUACAGACGCAAACUUGAUACAGAUUCAUUUGGACGAAAGUGAUUAUACAAUUUCAUUAUUUCUGCAUAUUAGGCUGAUAAAAGCUUUUGAGAGAUUCAACAAGAAAGUUCUUCGGGAUUGCGAUUUGAAUGAUAAGCUGGAAGACAUUCCUAUGGAAAUAAAUACUCUUUAUAGACGCCUCGAAGACGACAAUAUUGCAACUGGAAUGCCGGCACUAUUUUCACAAGUUUUGCUGCUUUGUGGAAUCCUUUUCUCCAUUUCAUCGAUCAGUCAAUCUCGAAUUGAAGGUAUCUGGAAUCGAACAAUCCUGGCUGGAGUAACAACUUCAGAAAUCUUGGCAGUUCAAUUAUUCAUACAAUUAAUCAAUGAUAUCUUUCAAGUUGUUGUCUUCAAAUUAUUAUUUAAAGUUUUAUUUGAUAUUAAAAUAGAAGGAAAUGAUUUACUGCUUGGAGUAAUUUAUCUACUUUUAUGCAUUGCUGGAAGUUGCAUUGGAUUAUUUGUAUCACUUCAUACAAAUAAUUUUGCUGUUGUCAAUAGUGCUGGAACUUUAGUAUUUUUCACGUGUGGCGGUUUAUGUGGUGGAUUUUGGCCAAUUGAAGGACAGCCACAAUUCAUGAGAUAUAUCUCUGCUAUUUUACCAACAACAAUACCAACUGCAGGCAUAAGAAAUAUUAUUAUUAAAGGAUUUACAAUAACUCAUUACACUGUUUAUGGAGCAAUUUUAUUACUAUUUGGAUAUAUUAUAAUUUUUUUGGCUGUCAGCAUCUUGUCAUUAAGAAAAAGGAAAUUUGCAUAG